CAACAAAAUCAAUGGGUGCAGGCUCAGGAAAGCGGAUCAGGGCGGAUGCCUGGCACACCAGUGAAUUGCAAGGCGAAUUUGGCACGCUUCACAGAGGGAAUCGAGUGCAGGCUUGCAGGCGGGAUUUGGCGCAUCCGUUUAUUGACGAGGGCACAGGAGGUACCUAGUCUCCGGGGUUGCGAACUUCUCUGCAGAAGUCGUGUACUGAAGGUUCUUUGAGACAAGAAGGUGCAGACGCUGCCCCCACGUCGGGGGAGACUGCGUGCAAGCGAACUACAAUGGCAGAAACAUCGUUCUGAUAAGGAGUAGAUCCAAGCGUGGUCAAAAUAACACGGGGGUUGCCCCAUUGGGAAUUCUCUGGGACACCAUGGUCGGACUUAAUGUCACCGCGGUUCAAAAUUAUGGAGCCAGUGCUAGUGGGCAUAGCGCUGUGUCUGGGCCAGUCUACAUCCUCAUUGCGUUCAUUUGCACGGCGUUUGCUUGCUUCACGUCGAUCAUUCACAUCCUGCGCCACCUGCAAAACUACACAGAGCCUGUGUUUCAGAGGUAUAUUGUGAGGAUCAUCUUCAUGGUUCCGGUUUACGCGUUGAUGUCCUUCCUUGCGCUCUUUCGAAGUGAGCAGGCCAUAUGGUUCAACACGAUCAGAGACGUGUACGAGGCAUGGGUCAUCUACAAUUUCCUGGCGUUGUGCUUGGCAUGGGUUGGGGGUCCCGGGCAAGUUGUGGUCAGCCUCUCGGGCCGUUUGAUGAAGCCCUCCUGGGCGCUCAUGACCUGCUGCCUCAGUCCUAUACCGCUGGAUGGGCGCUUUCUGCGCAAGUGCAAGCAGGGCACGCUCCAGUUCGUCAUCCUGAAGCCGGUGCUGGCGGCCGCGACGCUCAUUCUACAUUCCAAGGGCCUCUAUUCGGAGGGCCACUGGGGCGCGGGCGAGGGCUACCUCUACCUUACUUUCAUCUACACCAUCAGCUACUCUCUGGCGCUGUACGUGCUGCUGCUGUUCUACUUCGCCUGCGAGGACCUGCUCCGGCCAUACAAGCCGCUGCCCAAAUUCAUCGUCAUCAAGUCUGUCGUGUUCGCAACCUACUGGCAGGGCGUCUUAGUCUUCCUGUUCGCUAAGGCGGGUCUUAUCACGAACCCCGCCACCGCCGCCGACCUGCAAAACUUCCUGCUCUGCGUCGAGAUGGCGAUCGCAGCCGUUGGCCAUAGGUGGGCCUUUCCGCACUCCGACUUUGCCAACGCGCCGGGCGUGGCGGGAGGCCUGGGGGGCAGCAUCACUCACGCUAUUGCGAUCAACGAUGUGGCGUCCGACACUCUGCACAACUUCGCCCCCACGUACCAUGACUACAUCCUGUAUAGCGACGGCACUGCCGCGGCGCCUCGGCGGUACCGGACAAGGACUUUCGUUCCAACCGGGCACGAAAUGUCCGACCUGCGCAAGGGGGGCAAGGACAGCGGCUGGUCGUCGGGCCUCGAACGAGCGGACCGCGGGAGUUUCUCGCCUGAUUACUCCUCAGGGUCGGGGGGGUCGAGCCCUGAAAAGGUACGGGCGGGGGCCAAAGUCGCUGACGCGCCGGACAACUUGUUAGAUGCACCAGCACCAAUCGUUUUGGAGACGGACGAUAUGGAAAUUGGGCUGAACAAGGCGCCGGACUCGAGCAAGGGGGACCCCAGCUGGCAGGCGCGACGCUCGAGUGCGAUGAGCACUGUGGAUGAGGAGGGGGGGCAGGAGGAGAUGCAUUUACGAGCAGGGGAGAGCCGUCGGACGUCUGUAGUAUCCGGAGACAGCAGAAGGUCAUCCGGCCUUUUGGGCAUCCGAGAUGAGGAUCUCGCGCCUGACGCUCUUCACAAAAACAAGUGGUUGCUUGACGAAACCCCGAGCGCAGAGAGCAGCCGGCGGGGCUCGUUUGCGCAACCGCCAAACUCGAAAACUCGACCAUCGGAUGGGGACCCGAAAAAGUGAGGCGUAGUGUGGCGAUUGUAUAGUAGCAUGCAUGUGACGGCUUGAAUUAGUUGUUGCCAACAGAAGGCAGCUUAUGUUGAGCUGAAGGUCAUUCAGGAACUUAGGCGACAGGAAAAUUUUUGGGCUAUACAGGCUCUUUGAUUGUAGAAACAGGCAUGUCGAACGGCAUAAGGCGAAUUGCAAAUGCUUCCGGAGUCCCUUAUUCAGCUCUCGCUGGAGUCGACUGGUCGAGGGGUGGUUGGAAGUUGUUCUUUCUUGAACCAUUCUGUGGAAUGAGAACGCUUUCAUAGCCAUUUUGGAAUGGAUCAUAUUUUCGUGAUGAGGCU